UAGCAUAACAAUUUUCGUGUCUUCUAACCGUCUCCAUCUUCAAAAAUCCAACCUCAUUCCCUUGUCACUCUUUCACAUUUUUCUCCCAACUCCAUCCAAUUUCACCACUCAAAUAACCAAACCCAGCACAAAAAACAGCAACAAGCCAUGUCCAUAAUUUCAUCCUCAACACUCACAAACUCCAAUGUCUCACUCCAUCCUUCAUUGCUCACUAUAUCUACCUCUCAAUUUCCAGUCUUUCAAACUACCCUUUUCCCCAAACCCUUUCACUUUCUCCAGCCACUUUCCUUCUCACACAGAAAACCCACCAUCCCAGUUUUCUGCAAGUCUCCUGAAGCAGCAGAAGAACCCUCAAUUCCAGAAGAUGAGUGGCUUCAGAAGCUUCCUGAGAAGACCAAGCCCCUCUACUCUCACAGCUUGCCUUGCAUUGAGGCAUGGCUGAAGAGCCUUGGGUUCCAACAGAGCAAGGUUGAUAGGGCUAUGUGGCUUGUGCAUAAGCCUGAUUGGCAUGCUCACCUCGCUUUGGAUAUCACUGACCUCAAUAUAAGGUAUUUGAAGACUGGACCUGGAAAUCUUGACAAAGAUAUGGAAAGGAGGUUUAGUUAUGCUUUGAGCAGAGAAGACAUUGAGAAUGCUGUACUUGGAGGACCAUAGCUAUUUUGCUUUCUAUCUGUCAAAUAUAUACAAUGGCUUAUUAGUUCCAUGUUGGAAGUUUUUAGUCAAUUCAGACGUUGAAUGCCUGUAACCUUAAAUUUCACGUUAACUUCAAUACUGUAAAAGUGUAAAUCAACUAAAAGCUUUGCAGCGUUUAGAUGUAUACCCUUUAGCAUUAAUUUUCACAAAUUGGUUAUAAUA